AUGGGUGGGAACUCUCUUUUUCGGAGGGCAGCAAGAGUAUUAUACCCCUCAAUCAUGCUCCUUCUGCUCUUCUUUUCCACUUUCAUGAUUUUAGUAAAUGUCCUGGGAGGACCCCCAGGCCACAAGCCAAAUGGCGGGGCGAAGAUGGUCUCCAUACACAGUCUUUCUGAGCUGGAGCGCCUGAAACUGCAAGAAGCUGCUUACGAAGAACUCCUGGCCAGACGUUUCCUUUCCGAAUUCAGACCUGAGAGAGCUCUGCCUGUUGACCGUCCAAACACUUUGGAGAAGUGGUUUCUGCUUCUAAGAGGACAAGAGAGAGUCCUUUUGCUCAAGACGUUCGGCGUCUCUCUGAAAGAGGUGCUGGUGAACGAGCUAACACGGCGUCAGCAUCUGGAACUCCUGGCUGCGAUGCAGGUGGAAGAAGAAAACAGUCAGGUUUCAGGCCGCCGCCGCCGGCGUCGGGGAAACGUGGCGCAGAGGAUGUUCCGAAGCUUACAGAACUUCUUCAGCCACCGCCGGUGGGCCAGGACAGCGCUGCCCCAGGACUUCACGCGUCGUGGUCGUCGAGGUGCUAUAUCUGUGGAUAGUCUGGCUGAGCUGGAGGAUGGGGCUCUGCUGCUGAGAACCCUGCAACUUUCCAAGAGUUCCUUUCCAAUUGGCCAGCGCCUGCUGGGGUCCCAAAGGAAGAUGAGCCUUAAUCCUAUUGCAAAACAAAUUCCCCAGAUUGUGGAAGUUUGCUGCAGUUUCAUAGAAAAGCACGGAUUAAGCACAGUGGGUAUUUUCAGUGAAGAUUACUCUGAGGAGAGAGUGCGUGAGCUCCGUGAAGAAUUUGAUCAAGGUCUGGAUGUAGUGCUGGAUGACUCUCAGAAUGUGCACGAUGUGGCUGCACUCCUUACAGAGUUUUUUCGUGACAUGAAAGACUCUCUGUUGCCAGAUGAUUUGCACAUGUCCUUCCUCCUGACAGCCACCUUGAAGCCACAAGACCAGCUUUCUGCCCUCCAGUUGCUUGUCUAUCUCAUGCCUCCGUGUCACAGUGACACCCUUGAGCGCCUCUUAAAGGUACUCCAUAGUGUCACUGAACAUUGUGAGGAUGUGAUUGACAUGGACGGGCAACUGGUUUUGGGCAACCGGAUGACUUCUACCAAUUUGGCCUUGGUGUUUGGAUCUGCCUUACUAAAGAAGGGAAGAUUUGGCAAAAGAGAAUCAAGGAAGACAAAACUGGGGAUUGACCACUAUGUUGCUUCUGUUAAUGUGGUUCGCGCCAUGAUCGAUAACUGGGGUGUCCUGUUCCAGGUACCUCCUCAUAUUCAGAGGCAGGUUGCUAAGCGUGUGUGGAAGUCCAGCCCUGAAGUCAUUGAUUUUAUCAGACGCAGGAGACUGCGGAAGAUUCAGAGUGCUCAGAUUAAGAUGGAAGAGGAUGCUUUACUUUCUGAUCCCGUGGAAAACUCUGCUGAAAUUCGUGCUGCUGUCUUAGGUCCAAGCAAUCCAUUUGGUGAAGGUUCCUCUGAGGAGCCAGCUGUGCCUCCCGGCACUGCCCGUUCCCAUGACGAUGAGGAAGGAGUGGGCAAUCCUCCCAUUCUGGAGCAAGACCGCCCAUUGCUCCCUAUGUCCAGGGAGAAGGAGGCCAAAACUGGCAUCGGUUACUUCUUUGCUUAGAUGUUUUCCUUCUAUAUGGUGCCGGACAGGGGAAAAGGGCAGGAGUAGACCUGAAAUGUCACAUGAAACUCUUGAAGGUAAA